AAAAGGCGUGCAUCGGCCAGAGGUAGCGGACACAAGGUAUGAAUGAGCUCGCUAUGAAGUCUAUCAUCGUCCUUUUGGUUGUGGCUUCUGUCAGAGCCGGGAAUGCGCUACCAGCUCCCGGUUAUGUCUCCACAUUGCUCGAAGCUGGAACUUCAAAUGUGCACAGAGCUCAAGACCUAAUCGGAAACUACGACUUCGGCUACGAUGAAAGACACACAAGCGGCGGCUCGUUCCACAAAGAGACGGGCGACGCCUAUGGGAACAAGGUCGGCUCUUACGGCCUGCACGACGCGGACGGCCGUCUUCGCAUCGUAGACUACGUCGCGGACAGUCACGGCUUCAGAGCAACUGUCCGUACAAACGAACCUGGUACUGCACCCUCGACCCCUGCUGCUGUGGGUAUCAACGCACCUCCGGCGCCCGUUGCCGUCGCAGUUGCUAAGCCUGUAGUCUCUGUAGCAACUCCUGUCGUACAUCACGCGCCUGUUGCACCAUUUGUAGCACCCACUGUGGUAACCCCCGCAAAGUACCAGGUUCCUCUAGGGUUUACUGGAGCCCCUGUAGUCCACGGUUAUGAUGCAGCUCACGCAAAUCCUGUAUUCGGUGCUCCAGUUGCACCUCUGGGUUACGAAAGUGUGCCUGCAUAUGCCUCCCCUUUCCCCCUUGAAACGUCUAACAGUCCAUACGCGUCUGGAACGGUGAAUACAGUUGUUGCACGUCCAUAUGGUUACGGCUUCAAAGCUCACCCGACAGGUUACCGUGCGAUACCCACGCCUCUGGCGUAUGGCGGCGUCGCUGCCGUUAAACGGGCAGUCUACACGCCCAAAUUUCCCACGGCAUACGGUGUCACAUACAUUCGUGGUACUGGAUACACUCGGAUGAUGAAGGUCAUUGUAUUCGCUGCAUUCCUGGCCGUCGCUCAGGCUGGCUUCGUUGGCCAUUAUGGUGGGUCCGUCGUUCACGGUGCUUAUGGACACGGCUACGGUGGCUAUGGACACGCCGCUGUCGUUGCCAGGGUUGCUGAAGCUGGACAUUCCACGCAGCACAGGUCUCAGGAUCUCGUCGGCAACUACAACUUCGGCUACAACGAACAGCACACCAGUGGUGGUUCCUUCCGUCAGGAGACCGGCGACGCUUGGGGCAACAAGGCCGGCUCCUACGGUCUCCGUGAUGCCGACGGCCGCGUCCGCGUAGUCAAGUACGUUGCCGACGGUGCUGGUUUCCGCGCUCACGUGGCCACCAACGAGCCAGGCACUGCUGCCUCCAGUCCAGCUGCCGCUGCUUACAAUGGUGGACACGCCAGGGUUGCCGUGGCUGCCGCACCAGUUGCACACUACGGGGCUGCGCACCUAGGAUUCGCGCCAGCACUUGCCCACGGUGCUUACGGUGCCCCUGCUUAUGGUGCCUACGGACUUCACGGAGCCCACGUAGGAUACGGUCUCCACGGAGCCUAUGGAGGCUAUGGAGGCUAUGGAGGCUAUGGAGGCUAUGGAGCCCACAAGAUCCUCGGAUAA